AUGUGCCUAAAAAUCGAAGAAUGGCCGAGUACUUCGUGUUGUUAUAACCACUUUCAUAACGGAUCAACAUGUGUUCCCUGUCCACCGGGAUCUUUUGGACAAGACUGCGACAAAAAAUGUUCAAACCUAUCAUAUGGUCACUUAUGCAGCACAAAAUGUCAAUGUCCUAUAGAAUUUUGCAGUCCAAUAACAGGGUGUUCAUUGGAUUACUCGAGUAACUCGACGGCGCAUGUUUCUAAUUUAAACACAUACGCACCAAAACGUGGUACUUCCAUUGGUACGGAAGUCACCAAAACCAGCCAUGUUUACCGUUCUAUUUUCAGUACUCGUUCCUUGACAACAGUUGUUCCAAUUUUUACUGAAAACCAUAAUUCGAUUCACAUAAACAUUUUUAUAAUGUCAAUUGGUGGUGUUACUGCACUGUUUCUAAGCAUACUUAUUAUACAGUUAUGUUUAAAAUAUUGCUCGAAACGAAACAACAAUUCAGAACAAGUGUCUUCACUACGGAAUGAAAGACAAGAUGAGGAGGAUUACUAUGACGAAAUUAACGAAUCCUUGGUGACCGAGAGAGGAUAUGAUGACAUCAGUGAACAUCUACAAUUAGAAAAAUACUCCGAACUACAAACAUCAACCUCACCUGUUGCUGAGCCAUAUGAUAUAAUAAACCAACAGUUGUCAAAUCAAGAGAGGGUUUCUUCUAUAGUUAUCUCAUCAACUAGUUCUGAAUCAAAUACAUGUAAUUUGUUGUACCUGAAACCAAAUAGUUAUUUAAAUGAACAUAGCUAUCUAGAUGUCAUGGGUUCAAGUCCCGCAAAUGAGGUCGCACUGAUUCAAUCCAGUUUCAUACAAACGGCCGACAACAGCGAUCCCAAUUCAUCAUUUCAUUUUACAGACCCUAUUAAUGAUAUUCAUAUUGAUAGAAACAUAUCAAGUACAUGUAGUAGUGUCUUCUGUGAUGAUAACAAUACAUAUUUAGAUGUUACAAACGAAACAGUUCUUUAG